CUUCUAUAUUUAUAAAAGCAACAAAAAGUAUUUUAAUAUCAAUCAGUGAACAGGUCUAAAGGUAAAGAAAUGUUAUGCUGGAUUAUGGUUUUAUAAGAAACAACAAGCAAAUAAUGAACGACUGGAGUCAAGGAGUAAUGAAGCUGCUCUUUAUGUUCGCGUGUUUCCUCAUUGUGCCUUGCAACAGCCAGGGUGAAAAUAGAACCUUUAGGACGCAGAUCGUGGGGUUCCAAGAAAAUUGCGCACGGGGCAGGUGUCGCUACACGGGGCGAUUUCAUGGCUAUUUUUGGCUGCCGGCCCAUGUAGAAAAACAAGGAAACAACUGUACCGCUAUGGUCGCUCUGUUCUGUACCAGAGGGAACUGCCUUGGCAGUAAUGCGGAAUGGACUAAAUACUGUAAAAUAUGGGAUGUCUGUCAAUACGAUGGGGAUUGUGAGAGGUCUGGCAAUGGUCCAGCGUGGCCCUGCAGAUGUACAUUUGGCAACCCAAGUACUUUUGACGUCUGGCCCGGUUUCGUUAUUCAGCGCUAUUUCCGGAUGGGUUUUGCCCCUGAUUAUUUCGCACGUAAUAAGGAAACCUAUGCAUGGAGCGACGUAUUUGAUGUCCACGCUCACCCAGAUGACUGGGAUCCGAUUGAAAAAUUAAAGGACAUACAGUACUCGACUUCACUUGCAGGAUCGAUCACCAUAAAAAUGGCAGCCGUGAUUGUUGCGUGUCUCGUGCAAAUGGUGGCUUAGGCAAGCUUCAAAGAAAGAUACACAUUGUGAUAAGGUGAAUUUGAUCAGGAACGUAUCUUUUUUAUAAGAACUUGGAACUUGGUUUUUGGAAAUCUUCAAUAGGUUUUGUAUAUGUAUAAAUAUACAUAUUUGCAGUUAAAACUCAAUCGAUAAAUGUAUGUAUUUUUAAUUUUUUAAAAUUGUUUAAUAUUUUUAAUACAUCAACAUACAAUUGUGUAUUGUUGUCCCGACGAUUAUUAUAAUUAUAGACGCUAUAUUUUAAUCGAAAAAAAAACAAACUUGGCCUGGUUUGCUAAUAUCAAUAAAUACUAUCUAAUGGGUCCAUGUCAUCACCCCCUAACCUAUGACUUCCGGCCUACACCUGGCUCAUAGUGUUUACCUGUACCCAACCUAUUUUCUUAGCUACGAUUUUGGUUUUCCUGCUAGCUGUAAAGUUAUCAUGAAGAUAGACAUAAUUUUUGUUAUUUUAUAAGAACGGAUGUUCUUUGCUGGUCAGUGAUCACCCAUUAACUUGGGUGUAGCAUUUUACUAUUCUCUUAAAUAUGUAUGUAUGUGUGUAUUUGUGUGUAUGUGUGUGUGUGUAUGUGUGUUCGAGUGUGUGCGAGUGUUUUUUUAUUAUUAAGAAAUGUAUAACAUUCAUGAGUUAUGUAGAACAAACUACGGGAGUGAGAAGAUGAGAGGGUGUUAUGUAAAGAUGGGGAUGAGGUCUUGGGUAAUUUAUAAUAGCCACUGAUUAGCGACUUAAUUAAUUACCUAGUCGGUGCGUAAAGUGAAGAUAAAUAAGAAUUAGAAGCAACACAACAACAUUGUAAGUUAAGUUUAAAUUAUCAAUAAACAUACUA